AGAAAAAUAAGUUGAAGCCAAACCAAUCACAAUUUUUCUGCCGUACGAACUUGGAUUUUAGAUUUCACUCACAAUCCAAUCAACAAUUAAUUUUGAAAACUGUGAUACAUUAUUCGAAGACUUACAUCAGCUAUAAGAGAAAAAUUCAAAAAUGACCAACAAAUAUGAUGCAUUAAAACCAUACGCUAGCGAUAGCGACGAUAGUGGUGAUGAAGGAACCGAUUUCGAUGUCGAUAAAUUAGAAACUUUGGGAGUAGGUCCAGGAGAGCAUAAAUUACAGUAUACGUACUGUCUUUGGUUCGGAAAAAAAGGAUCACAUCGAGCUGCUGAAUAUGGGAAAUCGCUUCAUUUUGUAGGACGAUGUGCAAGCGUAGAGCAAUGGUGGACCUUAUAUUGUCAUCUGAACAAGCCUACGGUUUUAAAACCAUUUCGAAAACUGCAUUUAUUUAAGAACGGUAUAAAACCAAUGUGGGAAGAUCCAGGAAACGUGCGCGGUGGUAAAUGGGUCAUACGACUAAAGAAAAAUAAAACAGAUCGUGCGUGGGAAAACGUUUGCAUGGCGAUGCUAGGUGAACAAUUCUUAGUGGGUCCAGAAAUAUGUGGUGUAGUACUCUCGACCCAAUUUCCUGAAGAUCUGUUAUCAGUAUGGAAUCGAACAGCUACUGAUACUACAAGUACAAAUCGAAUUCGUGAUACGCUGAGAAGAAUUUUGAACCUGCCACCAUCGACACACAUGGAAUAUAAACCACACUGCGACAGUCUGAAAUACCUUUAAAAACACUUUCGGUUUUGUUGAUAAUAAAGGUUAUUAAAGUUCUUAUCAAAUGUUACAUGAU